AUGGAAUGUGUUGAUACUAAUCUCCCGGGCGCGACCACUUCCCCGCAGCCGGUGCUGCUCCUGACCGCCUGCGAGGCCGACGAGUUCACGUGCGACGACGGAUCCUGCAUCAGCAAGAGCCGCCGCUGCGACCUGACCCUCGACUGCGCCGACCAGAGCGACGAGAUGGGCUGCAGCGUGGUCCUGGUGCCCGACGGCUACGCCCCCAAGCUGCCCCCGCCCACCAUCGACGCCCGCCCCGUGCCCGUCCACGUGGCCCUCAACCUCACCUCCAUCCGGGAGUUCAAGCUGGUCGACUUCAAGAUCAGCGCCGACUUCAUCUUCAGGCUCCAGUGGCUGGACAGCCGGCUCACCUUCAGCAACCUGCGCCUCAGCCACCUGGCCAACGAGGUGGACGCGCUCGCCUCCGUGUGGACGCCUUCCGUGCAGAUCCGCGACGGCACCCGCAGCUCCGUCCAGGCGGACGUCCACUCGGAGUCGCUCUACGUGUCGCGGAAGACGGCCCCGCUGCCCGACGACGACGCCGCCAUCAAGGAAGAUAAGCUGUACUGCGGAGUGAACAACAGCCUGGUGCUAGAAACUGAAGAAACACUAACCUUCAUGUGCUAUUUCAACCUCGAGAUGUACCCGUUCGAUCAACAGAUCUGCUCGCUCACUUUCAAGAUGCAAGACCUCACGGACGAAUUUGGUGUAUUUUACAAGCAUCUUGCCGGUUCUCAGGACGGUCCUGGAAUCACAUUCCUGGGCUCGAGACAGCUGCUCGAAUAUUACCUGGUCGCGGAGACUUUCACUAAUUAUUCCUUGGACUCCGUUAGCUACGUCAAGGUCGAGUUCGAGUUCGCGAACCUGUACCGCUUCUACAUCGGCAACAUCUUCCUUCCCAGCCUCCUCUUCGUCUUCAUCUGCUACACGACGCUCUCCUUUGACCUUGAGGAUUUCCAGGACCGCAUCACGGUGUCCCUGACCUCGCUCCUCGUCCUGUCCACCUUCUUCAACCAGGUCAGCCAGACGAUCCCGAGGACGUCCUACCUCAAGCUCAUCGACGUGUGGUUCCUGGCGCUCAUCCUGCAGGAGUUCUUCAUCAUCCUGUCGCUCGUGCAGGGAUGGAACUGCUUCUGUUUAAUCCGCGAUCCUCGCGCACAAUCCCUCGAUUACGUUCAUGAUUACGCAACAGCUGAUCCUUAA